UCUUGUGCUGAAGAGGUUUCAGAAAGACCACAAUAGAUCUAUCCAAGAAUAGAUUAACUGAAGUUCCUAUGGAGCUGUGUCACUUUGUGUCACUGGAAACACUGAAUCUGUACCACAAUUGUAUUAAAAUUAUUCCAGAUGCCGUAGUGAAUUUACAAAUGCUCACUUAUUUAAAUUUGAGUCGAAAUCAACUUUCUUCUUUGCCAGCUUGCCUGUGUGGUCUUCCUCUAAAAGUCUUAAUUGCAAGUAACAAUAAGCUAGGUUCCUUGCCAGAAGAGAUAGGUCGGCUAAAACAGUUAAUGGAACUGGAUGUCAGCUGCAAUGAAAUCACAGCUUUACCACAGCAGAUAGGUCAGUUGAAAUCUCUAAGAGAACUGAAUAUCAGAAGAAAUUACCUCAAAGUUUUACCACAAGAACUAGUAGAUCUUCCCUUGGUAAAAUUUGACUUUUCCUGCAAUAAGGUGCUCGUGAUUCCAGUUUGUUUUAGAAAGAUGAUGCAGUUACAAAUAUUAUUGCUUGAGAAUAAUCCUCUUCAGUCACCACCAGCCCAAAUUUGCACAAAGGGUAAAGUGCACAUAUUCAAAUACCUGAGCAUACAGGCAUGUCAGAUUAAAACAGCAGACUCGCUUUAUCUUAAUGCCAUAGAACGCCCGCACUUGCAACAACCUGUGGAGGAGAGCAUGGAUGACAUCUAUCCAAAUAAGAAGGAUUCUGAUUCGGGUGUUGGUAGUGAUAACGGCGAUAAACGCUUGUCUGCUACAGAGCCAUCUGAUGAAGAUACCCUCAGCCUUAAUGUGCCAAUGUCAAACAUUAUGGAAGAAGAUCAAAUUAUAAAGGAAGAUUUGGGUCACAACACAAACUCAUUAAAAGUGGAAUUUCAUCAGGGAUCACCUCCUCUAAUUGACAAUGAUAAAUCAAGAGAAGCAGGAAACCAGUUUGCUGAUGGAUCAGAUACCCUCACUGCUGAAUUUAUAAGCUAUAUCAAGGGAAGAGCAGAGGAAUGUGAUGAAUUAUUACGAAUAGAAGAGGACACACAAUGGCAAACAGAAGACAUCACAAAUUCAUCAGAAGAGCCAAAUAUUGAUAUAGCAAUGAUAGAUCAGCUAAGAGAAGCAGUAGAUUUAUUACAAGAUCCCAACAGAUUAAGCUUGGAUAUUACAGAGGACAGUGGUGUGAAUCUGUAUCCCGUGGAACCUGCAACAGCUUUAGAAUUUCAGGAGUCUACAGUAAAUGGCCAAAUGCAGACAGAAAUGUCCCGUAUCUAUCAGAAAGAAAAUGCUGAGAAGGAACUCGAAUUCCAAAAGACAAGGGGAUUGAUUAUGGAGAAAACAAAAGCGGAGGCCAAAAUUACAUUUGAACAGAAUGAAAAGCAGCCAUUAAGUCAGGUUAGGGACAGCACUCCGCUUGUAUCUCCUACUACAAACAAAACAGCUCCAUUUGGCCUCAAGCCACGAUCAGUAUUUUUAAGACCACAGAGAAAUUUGGAGUCAAUAGACCCUCAGUUUACAAUUCGAAGGAAAAUGGAACAGAUGAGAGAAGAGAGAGAACUUGUAGAACAACUGCGGGAGAAUAUUGAAACAAGACUAAAGAUUUGUUUGCCUGAAGACUUGGGAUCUGCUCUGAUGGAUGGGGUGGUCCUCUGUCAUUUAGUCAAUCACGUUCGUCCUCGAUCUGUAGGAAGUAUCCAUGUACCUUCACCAGCAGUACCUAAACUCAGCAUGGCAAAAUGCAGGAGAAAUGUAGAAAACUUUUUGGAUGCAUGUAGGAAACUGGGAAUACCAGAGGAGAAGCUCUGCCUACCACAUCACAUCCUAGAAGAAAAGGGCUUGGUAAAAGUGAGCAUAACCGUUCAAGCAUUACUAGACGUAACCACAACGAAACAAGCUUUAUUCACGUGAAACCACGAGGUCUGCUGUAGUCAGCUCUGCUGUGCCAUCCAAGUAUUAAAACACACUGCUCAUCUUUCACACUGCAUUGAACAAUACACUGCUGCUGCAAGAGAGCAUUCCUGAUACCUGACCUGAAAUUCAUCUCUCAGACUUUGAACAUGUGUCAAGCUACAAAUCAGGAACAAAACAGAAAUCAUUUUAUAGAGCAGAUUGGCACUUCACUGCUUUUAUGUGACUUGUACAGUACUUACUAAAAUGGCCACCUCUCUGCCACUUCCAUAAGUGUGGAAUAUAGCUGUCUUGCAGCAAGAUACAUUGACCUGAUUAAAGUAAAAACCAUCUUUGUUUUUGUUUGAUUUUUUUUGGAAAGAAAAAUAUUGGAAUUGUACCACGUUAGUUUUUCUGCAGUUGCUUCAGGCCAUUGCUUUUUAAAAGUACCCAGACAUAAAAUAUUUAUAUAAAUAUUAUUUAUUAGUGAGUUGUUAUUCAUCCUUUGGAUGCAAAAUGUAAAUUAGGAAACUGUAUUUUAUUACUGCUUUUUUGUGGUUAAACACUUUAAUAUAAAUAUUUAGUUAUUUUUUAUUCUAGUUGGUGUGCAGUAAUGUUAGACCUCCGGAAGCCGUAUUUUCUAAUAUGUAACAAUAAACAAAACUAGGUGCUUUUAUGAAAAGAACUGUUGGCUGGGAUGGCACUCAUUCGUUUUCAGAUGUGGGGAACGUUGGUAACAUUUGUCUGCAUUCCUUUAGCUUCCUGCAUUCCAGCAGCACCUUCCUCCUUCCUCCAUUAGAUCAAAUUGGUUGAAGUUUAGAGCACACCCAUUUUAUUUGUAUAUAGCUGUUAGAAAUAAAUAAAUAAAUAAGGAAAGAUUAAACUUGAAAACAUAAAUGUGAACAACUAUUUUUGAUUGAUACUUAUUUUACUAUGCACAAGACAUUAAACUUUUACCACAGCAAAGCAAAUAAUGUGCAUUAGCAUCAUGUGUCUUGAAAUCAAAUUUUGCACUGUAACUUGAGUGAUAUUCAAAGAAGAGAGCACUACAGGACAAAUUAAGAAAAAAAAAUAGCACAAGGAAGUAAACAAUAGAAACUUUACCAGCUGGCCAAAAUGUUGUGCAGUCAGUGAUUUCUUCAAGAAAAGAUACAGUUGUUCAGAUUGCCUACCAUCUUAAAGGCCCUCUGUCAAAUACUCGCUGCUUGAUAUUGUGCUUACUACAGUGAAUAUAAUCUCAUUAUAGUCCAUGUAGUUCCGCUGGGAUUUCACAUAACGCUGAGCAUAACAUUUUGUGGUGAAUGUUUGCAGGAUCAGAUUUCUUGUCCCAACUGAGGAACAGAAAAUAAGGAGUCAUGUUAUUUUUAACUUCAGAAGUUUUAAAUGCCUAACUUAAUAUCAAAGCAUUGUCAGAAAAAUAUUCUAGGUAGAUACAUUUGAGCACAGUGGUAUUCACAAGAUUUGGAACAUCCAUUUUCCUUUGUAUGAAAACCUGGUGAGGUAAUUUAGGCAAACAAGGCAGGGAAGUUGUAUGUGGCAAAAAGGAUGGGUAUUAGGGUCAGUGUUACAUUCAAGCAAGUAGCAUUUGAUGUGCAUUACACACAGGUGAGACAAUGUAGAGGGGGAUUUAAGUAGCAAGUGGAUGGGUAGAAGUAAAAAGCUUAAAGCUGUUUGAAAGAACAGUGCAUCAUCGUCACAAUACUCCAUAUUCUAGGCAGUUUUAAGCAUGUUCACACAAAGACAUGGCAUUUAAAAACCCCCAUAUUCCAGUAACUUAUUUUUUUAAGCUUGAAUAAUAUACAUUAUUUGAAUGCAGACUAAGCAUUUUUGACAUUUCAAAUUGCCAGUGUACUGGAGUGAAUUGAGAGCAAUUUGUUAGGGGGAUAAGCGAUAUCCAGGAUAAUGAGACUUAAAGUAUGUAAAAUAUCCAGUUAUUUCAACCAAAGCAAAAGCUUUUGUUUUAGCAAGGGAACAUUGACUUAAAUUGUAAUUUUGAUUGGCAGCUAGCAUAUUAUUUCCUAUUAAAAUGUACUGUGCACUUUAACACUAAAUUAAAAUGUAUUUUAAUGUUUGACAGCUGCACAAAUAGCUGUUUUGUCAAAAAAGCCUGAACAAUGUAAAGAAAAUAAGUUUUCAACUCAGAGUAUAUCAGAAUUAAAAAAUAAACAUUCAAAGAUUGACUAUAUAAAUAGGAAUAUUCAUUGCUGCAUCUUGAAGGGUAAAAUGCAGGUUCCUGAGUAUUUUUUUACAAUGUAUAUAUGGCAACAUGAAGCUUUGUAAUUAUUAUUUUAACAAAUCUUUGUUUUUUCAUAAUUAAAAUUUGAUUUUUCUCCUGAUAGUGUCCUUCAGUAUUUGCUGAAAGUUGGCUGUAAAUGGCUCUAAAUAUUUUGUAAUACAGCUUUUUUAUGCAGUCUUAACCUGUAUGGCUAAAAGAAAUCUUCAUGAAUCUUUGUACACUAUUUAUAUGUGCAAUAAAGCAUGCAUGGCCAACUGAUAAUAUAAGCAGUGAACAUAAUGUAUAUAGUGAAAAUAUCCUUACUGUAGUUACAAUUAAACCAGUUUAUUUGUAC